CAAGCAGAGUAGCUCGUGAAAUUAAUUUUGGCAACAUAUUAUCCUUUAUAGAAUAAUCUCUAAUCCUAUUCUUGAUAACAAAAAUAUUUUAAAAAGCUAUUAGAGUAUUAAUUAUCAAUUCUUAAAUUUUUACUCCAUAAAUAAUCGUAAUCUAUUGUAUUUUAAUUCUAUCAAUACGCACGUGGAAACUGCUUAUAUCCUUUUAAGGUUAUACAUAUGUAUUGUGAUUUAAGUGAUAUUAGACGUCAAAGAAUUAUUUAAUUAGUCAAUCAUCAAUAAAAAUUCAUCAAAAUGAGUACUAUUUUGGAGAAAAUAGCAGCUAUUGAAGCUGAGAUGAAUCGUACUCAAAAAAAUAAAGCAACAUCUGGUCACUUGGCUAUGCUAAAAGCCAAACUAGCAAAACUUAGAAGAGAAUUAAUUACUCCAAAAGGAGGUGGUGGUGGUGGAGAACAAGGUUUUGAAGUAGCUAAAACUGGAGAUGCACGAAUUGGAUUUGUAGGUUUUCCAUCAGUUGGAAAGUCGACACUUCUGAGUACUUUAGCUGGAGUUUAUUCAGAAGUUGCAGCUUAUGAAUUUACAACACUUACAACAGUUCCUGGAUGUAUCAAAUAUAAAGGCGCUAAGAUACAACUUCUCGAUCUACCCGGUAUUAUUGAAGGUGCUAAAGAUGGCAAGGGUAGAGGAAGACAAGUCAUUGCCGUAGCUAGAACAUGCAGCUUAAUAUUCAUUGUCUUAGAUGUCCUAAAGCCUCUCGGACAUAAAAGACUUAUAGAGCAUGAGUUAGAGGGCUUUGGCUUAAGGUUAAAUAAGCAACCACCUAACAUUAUAUUCAGGAAGAAGGAAAAAGGAGGUAUUAAUUUGCAAACAAUGUGUGCUCAAUCUGAACUUGAUUUAGAAACUGUCAAAUCCAUCUUAUCAGAGUAUAGAAUUCAUAAUGCUGAUAUUACGCUCAGAUAUGAUGCAAGUGCUGAUGAUCUCAUUGACAUUAUUGAAGGAAACCGUGUCUAUAUACCUUGCAUUUAUUUGUUAAAUAAAAUAGAUCAAAUCAGUAUCGAAGAAUUAGAUAUUAUUUAUAAAAUUCCACACUGUGUGCCGAUUUCUGCUCAUCAUAAAUGGAAUUUUGAUGACUUGUUAGAAAAGAUGUGGGAUUAUCUUCAGCUUGUAAGAAUAUAUACAAAACCCAAGGGGCAAUUACCUGAUUACAAUUCUCCAGUCGUACUAAACAGAGAUAGGCGAACAGUUGAAGAUUUUUGCAAUAAACUUCAUCGAUUAAUUGCUAAAGAGUUUAAAUAUGCACUCGUAUGGGGCUCAUCUGUAAAACAUCAACCACAAAAAGUUGGAAAAGAUCAUAUUCUCAAUGAUGAGGACGUUGUACAAAUUGUGAAAAAAGUUUAAUAUUAUAAAUAUUUGAAUUACUUCAAGAAAUUGAUUGUUUUUAUAAAAAAUCAUGCAGCAAAA